UCGGCGCUGUCAUGGCGGCCGGGAGCAGCUUCAGUGGGCACAGGGACUGCCGCGCGAGCCGUGGCGGGGCGAGCUGUGGCAGUAGCAUCCUCACCACUCGCAGCAGCCUCAGCCGUGGCGUCCGUAGCGCCGGCAGCGGCUGCUUUUGCAAAAGCUGAGCGCAGGGGAGGGGGCGGGCCAGGAAGCCAUGGAGUUCAGUGCAGCCGCGGACUCCCGGGGAGCGGACUAGGGAAACUUGGAGGCUGCGACCAGGGUUUGGCGUUGUUGUCAGCCUCGGGGAGAGAGAUUGGACAAAUAUUCUCCAAGACGAGGAGGGCGACGCCAAGGACUUUCCACAUCUACUGCUUUGGGGUUUCUCCACAAGUUGGAAGAGAGACCCUUUGGUUUUGUGUGUUGUGCUCAUUACCAGUGCAGCGACUGCUGUCCCAGGGUGACUCUGAGUUGUCCUUUCUCGUGAGCUAGCAAUGGCUAGCGAAGACAAUCGUGUCCCUUCCCCGUCACCAACAGGUGAUGACGGGGGAGGUGGAGGGAGAGAAGAAACCCCUACUGAAGGGGGUGCAUUGUCUCUGAAACCAGGGCUCCCCAUCCGGGGCAUCAGAAUGAAAUUUGCCGUGUUGACGGGUUUGGUUGAAGUUGGAGAAGUGUCCAAUAGGGAUAUUGUAGAAACUGUCUUUAACCUGCUGGUAGGAGGACAGUUUGAUUUGGAAAUGAAUUUCAUUAUCCAAGAAGGUGAGAGUAUCAACUGUAUGGUGGACCUACUGGAAAAAUGUGACAUUACUUGCCAAGCAGAAGUCUGGAGCAUGUUUACAGCCAUUCUGAAGAAAAGCAUACGAAAUCUUCAAGUCUGCACUGAAGUAGGACUUGUUGAAAAAGUGCUUGGGAAAAUUGAAAAAGUUGACAAUAUGAUAGCAGAUCUUUUAGUUGACAUGUUGGGAGUGUUGGCUAGCUACAGUUUGACAGUUCGAGAGCUAAAGCUUUUCUUCAGUAAACUUCAAGGAGAUAAAGGACAAUGGCCUCCACAUGCUGGGAAGUUGCUGUCUAUGUUAAAGCACAUGCCUCAGAAGUAUGGCCCUGAUGCCUUUUUCAACUUUCCAGGAAAGAGUGCUGCAGCUAUUGCAUUACCUCCUAUAGCCAAAUGGCCGUACCAGAAUGGUUUUACAUUUCAUACAUGGUUUAGAAUGGAUCCUGUAAAUAACAUCAAUGUAGAUAAGGAUAAACCAUAUUUGUAUUGUUUCAGAACCAGCAAAGGUCUUGGCUAUUCUGCUCAUUUUGUUGGAGGCUGUUUGAUUAUAACAUCAAUAAAGUCAAAAGGAAAAGGCUUUCAACACUGUGUGAAAUUUGAUUUUAAGCCGCAAAAGUGGUACAUGGUUACCAUAGUGCACAUCUAUAACCGAUGGAAGAACAGUGAACUUCGAUGUUAUGUGAAUGGUGAACUAGCAUCCUAUGGAGAGAUAACAUGGUUUGUCAACACUAGUGAUACCUUUGACAAAUGUUUCCUGGGCUCGUCAGAAACAGCAGAUGCUAAUAGAGUAUUCUGUGGUCAGAUGACUGCAGUUUAUCUUUUUAGUGAAGCUCUUAAUGCAGCUCAGAUUUUUGCUAUUUAUCAGUUGGGCCUGGGAUACAAGGGUACAUUUAAAUUCAAAGCAGAAAGCGACCUUUUCCUUGCUGAGCAUCACAGACUUUUGUUGUACGAUGGCAAACUCUCUAGUGCCAUUGCAUUCAUGUACAAUCCACGGGCUACAGAUGCCCAGCUUUGCCUUGAGUCAUCCCCUAAGGACAACUCUUCAAUUUUUGUUCAUUCACCACAUGCACUUAUGCUCCAGGAUGUGAAGGCAGUUUUAACACAUUCCAUUCAAAGUGCUAUGCAUUCAAUUGGAGGCGUACAAGUACUAUUUCCACUUUUUGCACAGUUGGAUUACAGGCAAUAUUUGUCUGAUGAGGUUGACUUGACUGUCUGUUCAACCUUGCUGGCUUUUAUCAUGGAGUUGUUGAAGAACUCAAUCGCUAUGCAGGAGCAGAUGCUUGCCUGUAAGGGCUUCUUGGUAAUAGGAUAUAGCCUUGAAAAGUCUUCCAAAUCUCAUGUCAGCAGAGCAGUACUUGAACUUUGCCUUGCAUUUUCAAAAUAUCUGAGUAGUCUGCAAAAUGGGAUGCCCCUGCUCAAGCAAUUAUGUGAUCACAUUCUUCUUAAUCCUGCCAUAUGGAUUCAUACCCCAGCCAAGGUUCAGUUAAUGCUCUAUACUUAUCUGUCCACGGAAUUCAUUGGUACGGUAAACAUAUAUAAUACCAUUCGGAGAGUCGGAACAGUGCUUCUCAUCAUGCACACGCUGAAGUACUACUAUUGGGCAGUGAAUCCUCAGGAUCGAAGUGGUAUCACCCCAAAAGGAUUAGAUGGACCACGACCUAAUCAAAAAGAAAUACUUUCUCUACGAGCAUUCUUGUUGAUGUUCAUUAAGCAAUUAGUGAUGAAGGAUUCUGGAGUAAAGGAAGAUGAAUUGCAGGCCAUUCUUAAUUACCUACUGACUAUACAUGAGGAUGACAAUCUAAUGGAUGUCCUACAAUUGCUUGUUGCAUUAAUGUCGGAACACCCUAACUCUAUGAUUCCUGCUUUUGACCAAAGGAACGGGUUACGUGUUAUCUACAAACUUCUGGCAUCAAAAAGCGAAGGAAUCAGGGUACAAGCUCUUAAGGCAAUGGGUUAUUUUUUAAAACAUCUGGCGCCAAAGAGGAAAGCUGAAGUCAUGCUUGGGCAUGGAUUGUUUUCAUUGCUUGCUGAAAGGCUCAUGCUUCACACAAAUUUAAUCACAAUGACCACAUAUAAUGUCCUAUUUGAGAUUCUUAUAGAACAGAUUGGUACUCAGGUGAUACAUAAACAGCAUCCAGAUCCCGAUUCUUCAGUAAAGAUACAAAACCCUCAGAUACUAAAAGUAAUUGCGACCCUACUUCGAAAUUCUCCCCAGUGCUCAGAGAGCAUGGAGGUUCGCAGAGCCUUUCUUUCUGACAUGAUUAAACUUUUUAAUAACAGUAGAGAAAACAGGAGGAGCUUGCUACAAUGCUCUGUGUGGCAAGAGUGGAUGCUUUCUCUCUGCUAUUUUAAUCCUAAGAAUUCAGAUGAGCAAAAGAUAACAGAAAUGGUAUAUGCCAUAUUCAGAAUCCUGCUUUACCAUGCAGUCAAAUAUGAGUGGGGUGGCUGGCGUGUAUGGGUAGAUACUUUAUCAAUCACUCAUUCAAAGGUCACUUUUGAAAUACACAAAGAAAACCUUGCCAAUAUGUUUAGGGAACAGCAAGGAAAAGUUGAUGAAGAAAUAGGGCCCUCUUCUUCAACUUCAGUUGAAGCAGCCUCUGUCAUUAGAAGGGAUGUUAAUGUUUCAGCAGGAUCCCAGCAAUCAGAUAGGAAGGAUUCUCCUGUCUAUCCUCAUUUCACCACAAAUGGUAAUGAAAAUUCAAGUAUAGAGAAGACAUGCUUACUAGAAUCUGCAUCUAAUAUUGAACUGCAAACUACUAAUACAUCUUAUGAAGAAAUGAAAGCUGAGCAAGAAAAUCAGGAGUUACCAGAUGAAGGCACGUUGGGAGAAACAUUGACAAAUGAGACAAGGAAUGCAGGUGAUUUAGAAGUAUCUUCUGACAUAAUAGAAGCUGUGACUAUUUCUUCUAAUUCUUUUAUAACAACUGGCAAAGAUUCAGUGACUGUCAGUGAAGUAACUGCUUCUAUAAGUUCUCCUUCAGAAGAGGAUGCUUCAGAGAUGCCAGAGUUCUUGGAUAAGUCUAUAGCAGAGGAAGAGGAAGAUGAUGAUUAUGUGGAACUGAAAGUAGAAGGCAGUCCUACUGAGGAAGCUAGUCUACCCACAGAGCUCCAAGAUAAUAGUUUGUCUCCAGCUGCAUCUGAAGCCAGUGAAAAACUGGACAUGUUUGGCAAUGAUCACAAAUUAAUAUGUCAAGAAGGAAAACCUGUUACUGAAAAGCAAACUAAUACUGAAACUCAAGAUUCUAAAGAUUCUGGAAUUCAGACUAUGACAGCAUCAGAGUCUUCAGCUAGGUCACCAGAAACUACUGUUUCCCAAAGAGCUGUAGAAUCAAACCUUGGUCAGAUGCUGGAGGAAGGGAGGAAAGCAACUGCCCUCACUAGAGAAACCAAAUUAAUUAGUGAUUGUCAUGGUAAUACCUCUGAGGUUUCUGCUGCUUCUGAGCAAAAGAUUGCAAAGUUGGAUGUUUCCAGUGUUGCUACAGAUACUGAGAGGCUGGAAUUGAAGGCCAGUACAAAUGUGGAAGCACCUCAACCUCAUCGACAUGUGCUUGAGAUGUCAAGGCAACCUGAGGAGCCAGGGCAAGGAAUAGCACCAGAUGCAGUUAAUGGACAAAGGAGGGAUUCCAGAUCUACUACGUUUCGUAUUCCUGAGUUCAACUGGUCUCAAAUGCAUCAGCGUUUGCUCACUGAUCUAUUAUUUUCAAUAGAAACAGAUAUACAAAUGUGGAGAAGCCAUUCAACAAAGACAGUUAUGGACUUCGUGAAUAGCAGUGAUAAUGUCAUCUUUGUACACAACACAAUUCAUCUCAUCUCUCAAGUGAUGGACAAUAUGGUCAUGGCUUGCGGGGGUAUACUGCCAUUGCUUUCAGCUGCUACAUCGGCUACACAUGAACUGGAAAAUAUUGAACCUACUCAAGGCCUUUCAAUAGAAGCCUCUGUGACAUUUUUGCAGAGGCUAAUUAGCCUUGUGGAUGUGCUUGUAUUUGCAAGUUCUCUUGGCUUUACUGAAAUUGAAGCUGAAAAAAAUAUGUCAUCUGGAGGGAUUUUGCGGCAGUGUCUCCGACUGGUGUGUGCAGUGGCAGUAAGGAAUUGCUUGGAGUGUCAGCAGCAUUCACAACUGAAAACUAGGGGAGAUAAAGCCUUGAAAACAAUACAUAGCUUUAUUCCCUUAGGGAAAUCUGCAGCAAAGAGCCCAGUGGACAUUGUGACUGGUGGUAUAUCUCCAGUAAGAGACCUUGACAGGCUUCUACAGGACAUGGAUAUUAAUCGGCUUAGGGCAGUUGUUUUCAGAGACAUAGAGGAUAGCAAACAAGCUCAAUUCUUAGCCUUGGCAGUUGUAUACUUUAUCUCUGUUCUUAUGGUCUCCAAGUACAGAGACAUUUUGGAACCCCAAAAUGAAAGGCAUAGCCAGUCACUUACGGAAACUGGCAGUGAAAAUGGGAAUGUAUCACUCUCUGAAAUUGUACCAGCAGCAUUCAGCACUUUAACUACGACAUCAGUGGAAGAAUCUGAAAGCACAUCAUCUGCUCGAAGGAGGGACUCAGGCAUUGGGGAAGAAACAGCCACUUGUUUAGGAAGCCAUGUGGAAGUAACUCCUCACACAGCACCUCCUGGUGUCAGUGCAGGCCCAGAUGCAAUCAGUGAGGUACUAUCUACUCUUUCUUUAGAAGUCAGUAAGUCUCCAGAAACCAAAAAUGAUAGAGGAAAUGAGUUGGACACUAAGGCUACACCAUCAGUUUCAGUUUCAAAAACUGUCAAUGUGAAAGACAUUCUCCGAAGCUUGGUUAACAUACCACCAGAUGGAGUCACAGUGGAUCCUGCCCUUCUGCCACCAACCUGUCUUGGAGCCCUUGGUGAUCUCUCUGUGGAACAAACUGUGCAGUUUAGAUCAUUUGACAGGAGUGUUAUUGUUGCAACAAAAAAGUCAGCAGUCUCACCUUGCACACUUACUACAAGCAUAUCUACCAAUGCUGUCAGUGUGGUUUCCUCAGUAGAUUCAGCUCAAGCCUCAGAUGUGGGAGGAGAAUCACCAGGCAGUAGAUCAUCUAAUGCAAAAUUGCCCUCAGUUCCAACAGUUGAUUCAGCAUCACAAGAUCCGGUAUCAAAUAUGAGUAUUACAGAGAGGCUUGAACAUGCUUUGGAAAAGGCAGCUCCUCUCCUUCGUGAGAUUUUUGUGGAUUUUGCACCUUUUCUUUCUCGGACACUUUUGGGUAGCCAUGGACAAGAACUGCUUAUAGAGGGAACAAGUCUGGUUUGCAUGAAGUCUAGUAGUUCAGUUGUGGAAUUGGUUAUGCUACUGUGUUCUCAGGAGUGGCAAAAUUCUAUUCAGAAGAAUGCAGGCCUUGCUUUCAUCGAACUUGUCAAUGAAGGAAGGUUGCUUAGCCAGACAAUGAAGGAUCAUCUAGUAAGAGUGGCAAAUGAAGCUGAAUUUAUCCUGAGCAGGCAGAGAGCAGAAGAUAUUCACAGACAUGCAGAAUUUGAGUCACUGUGUGCCCAGUAUUCUGCAGACAAACGAGAAGAUGAGAAGAUGUGUGAUCAUUUGAUAAGAGCAGCAAAAUAUCGUGACCAUGUGACAGCAACUCAACUAAUCCAGAAAAUUAUCAACAUUCUCACAGACAAGCAUGGAGCCUGGGGAAAUUCUGCAAUGAGUCGUCCUCGUGAGUUCUGGCGCCUUGACUACUGGGAAGAUGACUUGCGGCGCCGGCGACGAUUUGUGCGUAACCCUCUAGGAUCGACACAUCCUGAAGCGACACUAAAAACAGCCGUGGAACAUGCCACAGAUGAAGAUAUCCUUGCUAAAGGAAAACAAUCCAUCAAGAGUCAGGCUUUGGGAAAUCAGAACUCAGAAAACGAGAUCUUCCUGGAAGGCGAUGAUGAUACUCUGUCAUCCGUAGAUGAGAAAGAUUUAGAGAAUCUUGCUGGUCCUGUUAGCCUGAGCACACCAGCUCAGCUUGUGGCCCCCUCCGUUGUAGUAAAGGGCACUCUUUCUGUUACCUCCUCCGAACUCUAUUUUGAGGUGGAUGAAGAGGACCCUAACUUCAAAAAAAUCGACCCCAAGAUCCUGGCGUAUACAGAAGGGUUGCAUGGAAAAUGGCUGUUCACAGAGAUACGAUCAAUCUUUUCUCGUCGUUAUCUUUUGCAAAAUACAGCCCUGGAGAUCUUUAUGGCAAACAGAGUUGCUGUAAUGUUCAACUUCCCAGACCCUGCAGUAGUAAAGAAAGUGGUUAACUGUCUACCUCGUGUUGGCAUUGGAACGAGUUUUGGAUUGCCUCAAACCAGACGUAUUUCAUUAGCUAGUCCACGACAACUUUUUAAAGCUUCUAAUAUGACCCAGCGAUGGCAACACAGAGAGAUUUCUAAUUUUGAGUACUUGAUGUUUCUCAACACGAUAGCAGGACGGAGUUAUAAUGACUUAAAUCAGUAUCCAGUGUUUCCUUGGGUCAUCACUAAUUAUGAAUCAGAAGAACUGGAUCUUACCUUGCCCACCAACUUCAGAGAUUUGUCCAAGCCAAUAGGAGCUCUGAACCCAAAAAGAGCAGCAUUCUUCGCAGAGCGUUAUGAAUCAUGGGAAGAUGAUCAAGUUCCAAAGUUUCACUAUGGUACUCAUUACUCAACUGCAAGUUUUGUUCUUGCAUGGCUACUAAGAAUAGAACCCUUUACAACAUUUUUCCUGAAUUUGCAAGGAGGUAAAUUUGAUCAUGCAGAUCGAACUUUUUCAUCAAUUUCCAGAGCUUGGCGAAAUAGUCAGCGUGAUACAUCUGAUAUUAAGGAGUUGAUCCCUGAAUUUUAUUAUCUCCCAGAGAUGUUUGUCAACUUCAAUAAUUAUAAUCUUGGAGUGAUGGAUGAUGGGACAGUAGUGUCUGAUGUCGAACUUCCUCCUUGGGCCAAAACCUCAGAAGAAUUUGUCCACAUAAACAGAUUGGCCCUGGAGAGUGAAUUUGUUUCCUGUCAGCUUCACCAAUGGAUUGAUCUCAUUUUUGGCUAUAAACAGCAAGGACCAGAGGCUGCCCGGGCCCUCAAUGUGUUCUAUUACUUAACCUAUGAAGGAGCUGUCAAUCUGAAUUCAAUAACUGAUCCUGUGUUGAGAGAGGCUGUUGAAGCUCAAAUCCGAAGCUUUGGACAGACGCCUUCUCAGCUACUCAUAGAGCCCCAUCCUCCCAGAGGUUCUGCCAUGCAAGUGUAUCUCCUCCUGCAGAGUCCAUUGAUGUUCACAGACAAAGCCCAGCAGGAUGUUAUCAUGGUCCUCAAGUUUCCCUCCAACUCCCCUGUUACUCACGUGGCAGCCAACACCCAGCCUGGUUUGGCAACUCCUGCUGUAAUCACAGUCACUGCUAACAGGUUAUUUGCCGUGAACAAAUGGCACAAUCUUCCUGCUCAUCAAGGUGCUGUACAAGACCAGCCAUACCAGCUGCCAGUGGAAAUCGAUCCUCUCAUAGCCAGCAAUACAGGAAUGCAUAGGAGACAAAUCACUGACCUUUUAGACCAAAGUAUUCAGGUGCAUUCCCAGUGCUUCGUCAUCACUUCAGACAACCGCUAUAUUCUUGUCUGUGGCUUCUGGGAUAAGAGUUUCAGAGUCUAUUCUACAGACACAGGAAAAUUAAUCCAAGUGGUGUUUGGCCAUUGGGAUGUCGUCACUUGCCUCGCUCGUUCUGAGUCAUAUAUUGGGGGAAAUUGCUACAUUCUCUCAGGGUCACGUGAUGCAACUCUUUUGCUAUGGUACUGGAAUGGAAAAUGCAGUGGGAUUGGAGAUAACCCAGGCAGUGAGACUGCUGCUCCUCGGGCCAUUUUGACGGGCCAUGACUAUGAGAUCACAUGUGCUGCAGUCUGUGCUGAGCUAGGCCUGGUGUUAAGUGGUUCACAAGAAGGACCAUGUCUCAUACAUUCCAUGAAUGGAGACUUGUUGAGGACCUUGGAGGGUCCUGAAAACUGCCUGAAACCGAAACUCAUUCAGGCUUCAAGAGAGGGCCAUUGUGUCAUAUUCUAUGAGAAUGGCCUCUUCUGUACGUUCAGUGUGAAUGGGAAGCUCCAGGCCACGAUGGAAACAGAUGAUAACAUAAGAGCCAUCCAGCUAAGCCGAGAUGGGCAGUACCUGCUCACAGGAGGAGACAGCGGAGUGGUUGUGGUCCGGCAGGUAUCAGACCUGAAGCAGCUCUUUGCCUACCCAGGAUGCGAUGCUGGAAUCCGGGCCAUGGCGCUGUCCUAUGACCAGAGGUGCAUCAUUUCUGGCAUGGCUUCAGGAAGCAUUGUGCUAUUUUACAACGACUUUAACCGGUGGCAUCAUGAAUACCAAACCCGCUAUUGAUGGUGACAGCUGUGCACUGACUCUGCCCCUAGGAUGAGCAGCAGUACCCGGAGCAUCAUUCUCUUAGAAAUAGCUACCACAUCUGAAUGUAACUUAAAUUUGCUCAAAGAAGCAAAAUAUUUUUUAAAGUUACUAAUAAUUGCUAUUUUUGUAGUCUUUGCUUGACUUUUUCGGUGGGGCGGGGGGGGAUUAGCAAAGCAGAAAACUGGCUGCUGGGUUCUGUAGUUUUAAAAAAAAAAUCUAUAUUUUUAGUCAUAAUGAGAAGUCUAUUUUCACCAAUUAUGGAAACAUUCAGUGGAGCAAGUAAACCACUUACUUAUUCCAGCUAUAAUAUUAUGAAGAACAUAUCCCAUGCAUCUACAAGCUUGAGAAAUAGGAUUUUCACAGUGGGGAAGUGGGUCAUAAUAUUGGGAUAGGAAAACUUUAUGCUGUAAUUUAGGUCCUGUAUUUUCCCAAACAAUUGUGCUUUUUCAGCACUAAUAUUUCUGGGAUUUAAAUAGUAAUGUUUAAAUUAUGGUAAAUGUAAUUUAAAACAUUCAGUUAAUUCUAUCAAUAUUAUUCUUCAAGCAUGUUUUAGACUAGAAAAGUAUGGUUUGGGGGAGAUUAUUUUAUUUUAUGUGUGGUUAGCACAAAGAAUCUAGGUUAUAGCAGGUGUGAAAUAGUUACUGUUUUUUUCCUGAUCUUUCAUCUUCAUAGCACAACAAAACAAAAUGAUGGAAAUGCUCUUGGGCUCACAACCUUUGUUUUUCUUUUAAAGUAAAUGCAAGUACCAAAGUUCUCUACUGCGGUCUGCCUGUGCCCGGACAAUGGGGCGGAGCCAUCAUUGGGGCACCCCCUUCCCUCUCCGGGUUUGCAAAUAAUAGAGGCUACCAGGUGCUGUAUUCAGCAACACCUGUUUUACUAUUUGUUAUUAAACUAUCUCCACUUUCCUUUUGAUUAGCAAUUUGUACUAAGAAACAAUGUUAUUUGGUGUUGUAUAAUUCUACUUUUCUAGUAGAUUACUGUGUGGAAUUCUGUGAAAAAUAUUUGAGAAAAGGCCUGUAUUGCAUAAAUAAAUUCUUUGUAUGUUGUGAA